CCCUGUCGAAAAUCUCCUCUCGCGUCGCCCUGCUCGAUUACCUUUGGACCCUGUGAGGACAUCGGCCGAAGAAGAAAAUUAAGAAAAAAACAGGGGAGAUAGAGACAGAGACAACAUACCCACCUUGACGUCUCCCUUCCAUCAGCUCGCGCACCAGGAGAACCACAGAAAACCGACGGCGCCGACGAAACAAGAUACUGCUGUUACCACUGUUACUCUCUGUCUCUUCCUUCGUCCUGCAAGGUGCCGGGUUUCCGACCCUUUUGUGGUUCCUCCGUCCUCGUCGUUUCGAGUCCCCUUGUGCUCAAGCGGGGGGUCCCUCCGUCCUUCUUAUGCCCUCCUAACCCCCGUCCGCGACCGACCAUCCGGGUUCUCAACAUCUCUCUUCUCGCCGCACACCACCACGUUUUCCCAAAGACUUCGCAUUCUUUUCUCCAAUCGACAAGAUCCCCUGCUCUUGGCGCAUCUUAUAUACUGCCCAACGCCUGUCCCAGAGCCUCACUUCUCCCCAUUUACCAAGACGCCAAGCUGCCAGCCAAGACCUGCAAGGAUCCAUUUCCAAAGCGACUUCCGCCUUACGACGUGCGACUGAAUGCUUCCGCGCCCCGCGCUCGACGUAUUCGGCAAUCCUGUGUUACCUUGAUACGCACACCCGGCCGGCAUUUGAACCAUCGACUCGCAGACGCACAGGUUCCAAAGCCGCCCACCUAUCCCGGGCAUACCGUCACUAUCACCAACAGAGUCGUACCACGACGUUCAACGUGUGCGACCUCUUCGCAGCGCCUCAUCCCUCAGGGUGCCUGCCUCGCUCCGACGACUGCUUGACCCAGUCGGCUCCUGUAAAGAGUCAUAAAGCAAACAUCCGUCAUAUUCCAUCCUCAAGAUAUCUGCAACAAUAUCAGCAAACAUGAAUUCUUUGGAAAUCUCCGCAGUGAAGCUCCUCGCCCUCCGCCAGAAUGAGGGUGCUGGGGCCGGGGCCGAAGAGGCCGUCAACGAGUGCGGCGCCGCCGCCGUCGACGUGAGCAACAAGCCUCUACGUAUCGCCUCCAUCUUCAUCAUUCUCGUCGCCUCGCUUCUCGGCGGCUUUCUGCCCAUCUUUCUGGCCCGGACCACCAGGAUGCACGUCCCUAAGAUGACCUUCUUCAUCUUCAAGUACGUCGGUACCGGCGUCAUCAUAGCAACCGCCUGGAUGCAUCUUCUGGCUCCUGGUGUCGAGGCCCUGCAUAACGAAUGCCUGGCACCCAUGCUGGGCGAGUACGACUGGGCUUUUGCCAUCGGCCUGAUGACUGUCAUGGUUAUGUUCUUGAUCGAGAUGGUUGCUUCCAACGUUGCGUCCUCGGCAUUCUCCCACGGCCACAAUCACGAGUUGGGCCAUGGUACCGUUACGGUCAAGUCCAAGGAUCAAGCAACCGACAGGACGAGCGCUAGCGAUGUUUGCCCGCACGAAGCGGGUGAUGUCGAGAGAGGUGCCGGCUUUGUUGACCCCAAGAAGGUGCCAGGACUUCCGGAUGAUGUCAGCUACCCGCCGGGCGGAAGAGACCACCUUGGCCACGCUCGCGAUCAUAAGGAGGGAGACAGCCACAAUGGUCUUGCCGGCCAGCUGAUCGCCAUCUUCAUCCUUGAGUUUGGUGUCGUGUUCCACUCCAUUUUCAUCGGAUUGGUCCUCGCCACUAGCGACGAGCUCGUCGUUCUUCUCAUCGUCCUGACGUUCCACCAGUUCUUCGAGGGCCUCGGUCUGGGCUCUCGUCUUGCCACUGCUACCUGGCCUUCUCACGGACGCUGGUGGCCUCACAUCCUUGCCACCAUCUACGGUCUGUCGACUCCUAUAGCCAUUGCCGUCGGUAUCGCCGCCAAGCCGAACAGCGCCCAGACGCAAACUCUCGUCAACGGAAUCUUCGACUCCAUCAGCGCCGGUAUCCUGAUGUACACAGGCCUGGUCGAGCUGCUGGCGCACGAGUUCAUGUUCAACCCGCAGAUGAGAAACUCGCCGCUCAAGGUGCAGCUUUUUGCGUUCGGUUGCGUCGCCCUCGGUGCCUGCGUCAUGGCUGUAUUGGCCAACUGGGCUUAACCAUGACGAGCUGAAUGUGGUUGCCACUAUCGUGUGCACUGGACUGAGCUAGACUGUUUUAAGAGACGGGUUAUGGGUAAUGGGAAAAAUGGUUUGAGAAUGAUACCUGAGUCUGUGAGCCUGCCUCUACUGCAUGGCGGGGAAGAUUCGCUUCGGAGGGCACUUUGGAUUUUUUGCAUGAGAAGGAGUUUUGCAUAGGCUUCUAAAGCACAAGGACAACAUUGAUAGAAUGAGUGAAUUCGAGUUGGUCUCAGAUGCUUGCGCAUGUCAACGGUGACGCCAUGUUCAUGUCAGCCUGGUUAGCGAUGUUUAAUGAUGUUGAUUGUGGGUAAACCAAAGAGGUGCGGUUCUGCAUCACGAGCUUCCUGGAACUGGGCUUCAAACAGGACACCGCAAAGUGGCU